AUGGCAACAAAGCAAUCAAUUUUUGUUUGCAGAUUAGUGUUUACCGGUCUGCCAGAACUUUUCGAUCGCGGUUUUAAUCGAGAUACGCUCUUGCUGGCCAUUAUGCAGAAGAUAUUCUUAAGAUUGCCACCGCCACAGUGCCAGCGUGAGGUGCAAUUAGUGGUCGAGAAAUGUACAAAUUUUGAUCGCUGCCAUCGCCCGAAAGCAAGCGAAGUUCUUGAGGAGUUGAGGAAAAUUGAGAUGUUCUGUUCCUACAUAAAGUACUUUGAUUUUUCGCCAAAGAUCGACGAAGUGCAAAUGAAGAUUGUGAAGCCGUUCACCUCUUGUGACAGUUCUACUAUUUCUGAUCCCGACAAUUCUUUGGAAGACUCUUUGUCUCCGCCAAAAGUUCAUCUUGAAGACCGAGAAAUUGACUUCUUAUCGCCGCCAAUCAAUGCUUCGUUUUUGGUUCUAUCUGAAGUCAAAGAAGUUGACCUUCAAAAGUCUGUGGAUAACAACGGAGAUGCGGACGGUGAUCUCGAAAUAAGCGUCACCGAGAAGGACCCGCUAAACGGAGAGACUGCCUUGGAAAUUGAGGAGAGGAAAAAGAGCCACAUCUGUUUUUUUGGGUCAAUAUUUGUCUUUCUUUUAGUCGCUCUUCUAUUUUUCUAUAUUUCGUCAUUUGCUUUUUCUGAGAAAAAACAGAUAGAAGAGCCGAAUUCCGAUUUGUUGAUUCACUCUAACGGUACUGGAAAAAAUCCACUUUAUGCAAGCAAUACGUAUUUCGAUCGCCCCAAAGAGCUACCCGAAAAACUUUCCGAUUUGUUUGUGAAAAAUGUUGACACUGUUUGCUUGAAACUGGACAGCUAUCGGCCGAUGGAGAGUGCCGAUUUUGAGCCCACGUUCUCGGUGGAAAUUAAAUUCGACGACAUUGAUCUCGUAUUCUCAAUCUACAAUGGCACCACAUAUCUUUACGCAAAUGGUGAACACCAACGAAACAUUUCGACACGCGAAGCCUGGCAACUGUGGAACCUCGUUGAGGCACCGGAAUUGUUGGAGCUGAACCUGAACUUUGUCAUGGGGUCAGAAAUAAAGAAAACCUAUCAACAAACGGUGGCUCUUGUUCGGAAGCUCUUAGGAAAUGCCAUCUUUCUACCGCAAAUGAAAACCGUGCCUCGGUUAAUGUUCUCAGCAAACAGGAGCGAGAUUUUGGAGAUUUUUUUGAAUAAUUUUCACGCCAACGUCACUGAAAAAGCGACAUUGGAAAUCAGCGUCGGUAUGGAAGAGGAAAAUUCUUUCAAAUCUCAAAUGAUUGCACUUAUGGGGGUUUUAUCCACAUGUCGAAUCAUCGAAUUGAAUGGAAACCUUUUGGAACGUUGGGAUGUUUUGGCGAACUCGAAUGCUCUCCUGACUAUUCAGACCGAGAGUUCGAUGAGUAACUACUUGAGCACCGUCAGUCGUCUUUUGCUUGACGGUCCUCCAUCGAAAAACCCGAACUCUGUGGCCAUUUUGCGUUUCUACUUUCCAAUUCCGAAAAAUGUUCAUGUUGAAAAAGCAUUUCUGGCAAGAACUCUAGAGAUCGAGAACUCAUUAAAAAAAACUUCAGCUUCAUUAAUCACCAACGAAACGACAGCAACACGUCUUUAUGCGCAGUUUUUUCAGAAUGGAUUUGAUGCAGAAAUCGAGAAAAUCCGAAAAGAAGCAACACAGUACAAGAAAAUGCAAAUUUUUCUGGUAAAGCUUGGCGAUGAACAAGAUUUGGUGAUCUUUGUGGAGACAUUGAAUUUACUCAGAGGGGGUAAACAAUGGCAUUUUGCUUGUCAAAUACUUGGAAAGUUUAAA